ACAUAAUUCUCAGCUUAAAAGAUGACUUAAAUUAACAAAUAAAUAUCCUUCGACAUUUUUUUGAGGUGUGGUUUAUAAGAAAACAUUUAAUUUCACCGAUCUGGUGAAACAAGUACAAAACAUAGUGUAGAAAUAUAAGAUAAGGCAUGUUUUUUGGAGAGAUAAGGUUGGGGGCGGAGAUCAAAUUUAGAAUGAAACCCCUCCCUUGUAAUUAUUCUGUGAUAUUAUAUUUGGUACUUCUAACCAGCACGCCGCAGUGUCUUGGUCAGAAAAAUGUGACCUCGUCGCCAUCCGAUGACGAAGAACAUCAUCGCCCUGGUUUUCCAAUAGUUUCCCCCAACACGCCAGUGAUGGAUGAAUCGUCCCUUGUCAUGAUAACCAUUGAUCAAAUAAUUACACCAAGCGAUACUUGUAAAGAAAUUGUAGAACAAUUUGCCUCUGCGAUUUCGAAUUUUACCCAGUGUUCAGUUACCAAUUCGAGACCGAUACAUCUUUGCGGGUGGUGCAUUGCUCAUUACUUAUCUGUCAAGAGGACUUAUCAUGAUCUCUUUGUGACGGUAGACGAAAAAGGAAAUCCUUGCAAAGAAUAUUUUACAAAUUUAGACCGCAUAGAAAUUGUUGCCGAUGCGUUCAACUAUGUUCAAAAUUUAUGGAAGAAAGGAAGCUGCGAUUAUUGUUUCAAGCAUUCAGAUAACGGCACGCUAUUGCCCGAAGUGACCACUGACGUAUCAGACUUUAUCCUGCUGUUUGAAAUGACGAAAUCCUGUUUUAAUUCACACAUGGAUAAAAAUAAUACUUGUACCGAGUGCAAAGAGAGAUAUGACCACUUGAACAGUGUGUAUCUUGACAUGGUGGCAAAAUAUGUGGACAAUAUGUGUCUUGACCUCGUUGACACUAUGAACACAACCCGAGCGCUAUGGAGCGAACUCUACCACUGCAACCCACCAAGACAGCCUGAAAUCUGGCUUCACGUUGGAAUGGGCGUCCUUUUAGUUAUACCCGUAAUUUUUUAUCUGCUUGCCUACCUUACAGCGGAUAAGCAAGUAGCCAAUGUUCUUCAACAACGUCGAUUAGCCGAGUUGUUGAUCACAUCAAAUAGCGGUGGAACUGAAGGAUCUGGAUAUGUGUCGAUGAUGCAUAAUCGUUCUCCAACUGUGAGUAGUAGCAGAAGUAGGAGUGCCAGUACUAGUGCAAAGACUCCUUCAGACCCUCCAUUAGCUCAAAGCCAAAAUUAGUCAUGAUAAUAUACAAGAUCUUAAGAAAAUGAGGUGCCUAAAAUCGAGAGUCAGACUGAAAAUGUUAAUCUAAUCACGCAUCAUUUUUAAUUAAUUAUUUACAUGUUUACAUUCAACAAUAGGUUAAUUUAUAAGUUAUUUAUUGACUUCUGUUACAACUUGUACCGUUUUUUCAAAGACUCUGCCUUCUUUUUGACCGCUUUAAUUUCAUGUAAUGAUAAAGUCAACCAUCGUUUCCAAAUGACUUCGACAGCUUUGACCUCGUCUUCCGAAAACUGUAAUUUAUGACGAAGUGAAUUAAUUAUAAAAAGUGUAUUACGAUAUUUUAUUUUAUUUAUUAAUAUCUAAAAUACCUCGAUGGAAUAAGCUCUUAGAACAGCGUAUCUCUCUAAUAAAUCUCGAUAUCGAACUUCCA